AUCUGGUAGAUACACUGGUGGGAUUCCCCGACAGUUGCCACAGGCUGGGAGCUCCCCUAUCAGUGUCCAGUGUGAGGAGGACAAUAUGGUGGUAAAUGUCCAGAGGGAUUUCUAUGCCACUGGAAAGCUGGUGAAACCCUCUGAUCUGAGCCUGGGACCCCAACGCUGCCAGCCAAACCCCCAAAGCACUGAUACUGUCAUCUUCCAGAUUAGCCUCCAGGACUGUGGAAACACUGUGCAGAUGACUCAAGAUUGGGUGAUCUACUCUACCAAUCUGACCUACAGCCCAACCUCCUCCAUUCCAAUCAUCAGAACCAACCCAGCUGUGGUCCCCAUAAUGUGCUACUACUACCGGCAUGGUAAUGUGAGCAGUAAGGCCAUUAAGCCAACAUGGCUUCCAUUUAGCACCACAGUGUCUUCAGAAGAGAGGCUGUCUUUCUCCUUGCGCCUGAUGACUGAGAACUGGAGUGGCCCCAGAAGUUCAACAGUCUUUCAGUUGGGAGAGAUCUUCUACAUAGAGGCCUCUGUGGACACUCAGAACCAUAUGGAUCUGAUACUGUAUGUUGACCGAUGUGUGGCCACCAUAGCUCCUGAUGUCGGCUCUACUCCUAGUUAUGACAUCAUUGCAGAUGAUGGGUGUCUGGUGGAUGGAGUGCAAGAGGACUCCUCUUCAGCCUUCAUUGCUCCAAGGAUCAGCUUGGACAAUCUACAGUUCACAGUGGAUGCUUUCCGAUUCCUAGGAGCAGAUGUGUCUCUGAUUUACAUAACCUGUUUCCUGAGAGCUGCUGCAGCCACCCAAGUCCCGGAUUCCUUGAAUAAGGCCUGCUCCUAUAACAAAGCUACAAAAAGUUGGUCUGCAGUUGAAGGCCCCAGUAACAUCUGCCAGUGUUGUGAAACACUCACCUGUCAUGCUACUGGUAUGUUACCACCUGCAGGAGGAAGGAGCAGAUUCGGAAGACCAAGAGUAUUUGGGAAAAGGGAGGCCUUGGAUGAACCCAACAUUGAGGGAGAAACCGUGACCAUUCUGGGACCUCUGCUUGUGACUGGCCCAAAACAAAGGGAUGUUGCGCUUGCUGUGAUAAAGGAAGAGUCUGCUCCUGUGGAGCUCUGGUUGAUGGUGGCCAUAGGAUGUCUAAGUCUUCUUGUUGUCCUUGCAUGUGCUGUGUUCAUUGGCAAGUCUCUGAGAAAGUCAUAA